AUGCAUGGGCAAUCCCCGUCGCCCUCAAUGAGGCAUCAGCACAUGGCCGCCCCACGGUCGUCGACUUCAUCAAUCUCGAGCAGCAGGUUCACCCUCCCGGACAGGAACGUGACGGCGGACACCAUUGAGGAUGCCUACACCCACUUCGUCAUGUCCUGCAACCCGGCCGUCCCGCCCGACACGGACACGGCGGCGCUGCGGGAAGCUUUCCGGAUCCCGCCCAAGAGCGGCGGCAAGAGCUUCAGCACUUUUACCCUUUUUGAGCUCAUCAAGCAGUUGGAGACCAAGGAGAUCAAGACGUGGGCCGAGUUGGCUCUCAAGUUGGGCGUAGAACCCCCUGACCAGGAUAAGGGCCAGAGUUCUCAAAAGAUUCAGCAGUAUGCCGUCCGGCUCAAGCGCUGGAUGCAUUCUAUGCAUGUGGAUGCCUUCUUUGAGUAUCUAAUGGAUCACCCUCACCCUUAUUGGACAGAGAUCCCAAAUGACCCAACGCCAGUGUGUGAAGCGGGAAGGGAUGGUGUGCUAGCAGAAGACGACAUGGCUCUUCGAGCUCUUUUACCACAGAUUCGGCCCAGGCGGGGGAGGAAAAGGCCAGAGGACGAGGAGUUCGCAAAGUCCCCUUCACAACGAGCGAGAUUGGACUCGCCGCCGACGAGGACGGCCUACACCGCCGCCCGGCCAGAGACUCUGGGUCCGUGGUCCGCUCACCCGGAUGGACGGGCUACAUUCGGCUGCUCUGAUCCUUUGAAGUUGAGCGCCAAUACGGGAUCAGUGACGGGCUGGCCUCCGGCCCCUGACACAGCGCAGACGCCGCUCACGGCAUACCCGCAGGGUCCGAUGUCUGCGCUCACGCCGUCAACGCGAAACGGCGGGUUCUGGGGUGAUGCGGAACCGAAGUCAGCUAUUACCCCCUCACGACCAAAGGCAUCACACCGGCGGCACGGUGCUAAAGUCGUGUCCUCUGCGUGGAGGAGUGGCGGGCCGGGAGGCAGCGGCAAGACUCGGGGGAGACCGCCUAUGAACAAAACGAACGUGGAUGGGCCAUUUGUGGCUUUUCCCGCCGAAGGACCGGCAUACAAGCGGCCGAGUCCCGAUACCAAGAUCGAGCCGGGCCCGAUUACACCCCCGGCUCCAAUACCCCAGACUGCACCAGCACCACCAGCUGUGGUCCCAGAAUUACCCCCGCCGCCGCAUAUACCGCGGCCGGCCAAGCCGAGUAUCUCACUACAGGUUCCGGAACGUCAAGGAGGAUCCGUUCGUCUCGCGACGCCGCCGCCUCCGCCGAUCGUGAUCGUCAACGGGGAACCCCCGGGCGAAGUACCCGACAUAAUAAACUCGACAGCCACAGCACCACCAUUGAAAUUCCCGCCCGGUCACAACGCAGGCCUCCCCCCGGGCGCCAUACCACCAGUAGACCUGAAAGCGCAGACUGUCCUACCGGUAGACCCGCCGCCCGCCGCCAAAGGCCGCGGCAUACCGCCGCAACCCAACGACAUCCCCAUCGGCAUGUUCGAAAACAUGAAGGACCGGACCAACAUCGACGCCGUCUUGGGCUAUUUCGCGCACGAGACGGCCAACGGCGACUGGGUCGACGCGGACAACAACCCCAUCGAGAACUGCAGCAUCGCCGAGGCCUACGCGCUCGUGCACACCACUGUAGAAAGGAUGUGGCAGACGGCGCCGAACCAGGACGCUUUCCUCAUCAAUCUCGCCGCGCUGGCGGGCGGCAGGGCGCUCAUGACGACGAGCAAGCUGCGGGUGAAGCGGGAGGAAGAAUACGAGGACCGCGCGACGUACAGCUGCAGCUGGGAGUUCCGGCUGGGGACGAUACGGGGCAACUACAACAUGGUGCAGACGGUCAUGUACAACCGGUGGCGGCGGCCCGAAGAGAAGCUCGAGAAGCCUAAUAUGAAGGGCACGGGCGGCGCCGAGUCGGAGUGGGAGAGGAAGUAUCGGGACCUGCUGGCGCUGUCGGAGAAGAGGGAUAAGGAGAUCCAGGCUAUGCGGGCUGGGCUUACGGCGAAGCUGAAUGAGACGUUUCAGGAUGCCAAGGAUCUUGAGAAUAAGUGA